AUGAGCCAAACGGACAGCGCAAUGGAUGAUGGGACUGACGCUGACUGGCUAAGUGUUAGGCUAGAUGGACCUAGGGGAACAGGCAGCACCUUGGAUGGAGACGAGAUAGAGCGGAGAGAGUCGCAAACAAGCGCGCUGACGCUAAGGAAAGCCAAAAAAGACCAAGUUGAAGGAAAAGCAGCCUUGGAUUUCCAUGUUGAAGCGCAAAGUUGCCCACACCCCCCAUCCAGUUGCAUUUUCCCUCAUGGUUCGGCGUUUUUACCAGAAAAGCUCGGCCGUGUCGACAAGAGGAGAAGAGGCGAUGACCUGCGAUGGUCAAGAUAG